GAAGUUAGACAGAGAGAGUGGGAGAAGAGAGCUUUUGAAUUGUACGAGUAAUUUUGAGAUUUUAGAGUGUUUGGAGAAUAUUUAGAGUUAUUUAAAGGUGGUAUAUUGAAAGAAUAGUCUAAAUUUUUAAAUAUAUUUUAACAAAUUUCACUUAUAUAAUCUAAUUUCUCCUAAAUUCUCGUGAAGAGAAAAAAAAAAGAUCAUCUUUCUUUUCGGUAGCCAAGGAGAUGGCAUCUGCAUUGUCCAAUUCAUUCAACGUCACUGAGUUUGUAGUGAACCAAGGAAAUGGCGUAAAGGGUCUAGCCGAUUUGGGCAUCGAAGCUGUACCACAACAAUAUAUCCAACCACUUCACGAGAGAUUCGACUCUUCCAUAACCAACACCCAACAUUCCACCAUACCCAUCAUAGAUUUCUCCAACUCGGACGAUCCUCAAGUCAAAGAAGCUAUCUGCGAAGCUGCAGCCAACUGGGGUUUCUUUCAAAUUGUAAACCAUGGCAUUCCGAUCGACAUUCUCCACGGCCUCAAGGCCUCCGUCCAUCGAUUUUUCGACUUACCAGUGCCGGAGAAGAGGAAAUAUCUGAAAGAUUCACCAUCGGAGAGUGUCCGAUUGGCAACGAGCUUCAGCCCGAGAGCGGAGCAGGUUUUGAAGUGGAAAGACUAUCUCAUGAUGCUCUAUGUCUCAGAGGAUGAGGCUUCCGCCUCUUGGCCUCCGGAAUGUAGGCAUGAAGCAAUAGAGUACAUGAAGAGAGCUGAAAUUGUGAUCAAAAGGCUAUUGCAAGUGCUACUAGACAAACUGAAUGUGAAGGAGAUUGAUAAAGAGAACGAACAUAUGCUAAUGGGGGCAAUGAGGCUCAACUUUAAUUACUAUCCCAAGUGUCCCAACCCAGAACUCACAGCAGGAGUUGGCCGCCACUCAGACAUAUCAACCAUCACUGUUCUCCUCCAAGACGACUCUGGUGGGCUCUUUGUUCACCGGGAAGGCGACAUAACUGACAGUUGGAUCCAUGUGCCGCCUGUGAAUGGUGCAUUGGUGAUCAACGUCGGCGAUGUGCUUCAGAUAAUGAGCAAUGAUCUAUACAAGAGCGUUGAGCAUCGGGCAGUGCCUAACAGGAACACGAGUAGGAUUUCAAUCCCUAUAUUUGUGAAUCCAGAGCCCCAGGCAUUAAUUGGACCUUUGCCACAAGUAUUGGAGAGUGGAGAGAGGCCUAUUUAUAAACAGGUUAAGUACUCGGAUUAUUUCAGCCAUUUCUUCAGUAAGCCUCAUGAUGGGAAGAAGGCUAUUGAAUUCGCCAAGUUACAUGUUUGAGAAUGUGAGAAAUCUUAUGCCAGUCUUCACCUCUCCUUGGUCGGUACCUAUUUUCAAGGAUAGGACAUCCAUCGAUGAACAAAGAGCGUAGAGAUGUGCUCGAGACCACUUGCUCUGGCAGAACUUGCAAAUUCUUGCAACUUUGGAGUGACAACUUAUGAAGAGAUGCUAGGGGUUGAAAGGCAUUGUCAUUUAGCUUUUGUAAGUUUGGAAUAUAAUUCAGUGACAGUUCAGUUAAAGAGAUGGGAAGCAAUCCCUCUGGAAAUGAAUCAAGCACUAUUUCACCAUCAUAUCCAUCAAUACUUAGUUUUUUGAGAAAGUUUAGUCCUUGCAGACCCCAGUGCUUGUGUUGUGCCACCAGUUGGCUGCAAUUGCAGAGAUGAAGCUCUUUUAGAGUAGAUGGCAAUCCUUCAUGAGGAAAUAACUUAAUAUCUUGACAUUGGUAGAUUCUUAAUGUAGCAAGAGAUGGAAGAAGCUUUUGCAUGUGUUGAGGCAAUGCCAUGACAUUUCUACAAUUGUGGAAUUCCAAAACCAUGAGUGAAUGGAGUUCUGAAAUGCCAUUUUCUUUUGAAAAGGUGAGCGAUUCUAAGCUUGAACAAUCGAAAAAGAUCAGCUUCUUCAGACUUGGGAAGUAGUCUAAAGGGAAUGACUUAACUGAGUCGCUGAACUGAAUUAUCAACUCUGUAAUAGAAACACAACAAUUUCUCCUCGGGAACUCCAGUUUCUUGCACAACAACUGGUUGGGACAUGUAUAUGAUUGAGGUUCUGGAAAGUAACAACCAUAUAUACCUGAAAUAUGGAGAAUUUCUAAUGUGUCAAGAUCAGGAAAGCUCCCACUCAGGUUUGGGCAACCAUUCAAACUAAGCUCUUUCAGAGAAGGGAAAAGUUUGAGUACACCACCAUCUCUAUCAUCACUCCCAAUAGUGGACCACUCCUUCCAUCCUGGCAUGUCAUGUAAUAUCAAAGUUUCUAGUGAUUGGAAUGGAGUAAUAUUAUUGGACGGAUAAUUGCCAUAAUAAAACUCAGCGCCUAUUGUCUCCACCCCAUGAUAGCUUUGGAUCUCAAGCUUUUGAAGUGAAGGUAACUGCCCCAAUGAUGGCAAGGACCAACAAUGUUUAUUAUGACUCAGAUGAAUUGACACUACAUUUGAAAAUGAUGAAUCUCCAAUCCAAUUAGGGAAACUAAAACCGGCAUACGAAUAAAUUAUGAGUUUCUUCAAGUUUGUGUGAGGUUGCAGUGCCUCAAGUACCUCUGUUUCUAGUCUUGUGUUUGUGGUCUCACCCAGCCAUUGAAAGGUUAGGCCUGUAAGUUUCUCCUUAUACCUCAAAUUAGCUUUAAGAGCAUCAUUUACAUUAGCUACAUUUUGCAUACCUGUAAUAUAAAGCUCUCCACUUAACUGUUGAAGCUCUCCCAACUCUUCAAUGGUUGAAGCAUUGUCAUGUCCUUUACCUAAAACAAAUUCAGGUAAUGUAUGCAACUUCUUCAAAUUUCCCAUUUGUGGAGGCAUUUCGUCUAGUGGCGAGCCAAUAGUAUCAAGAUGGCGCAAGUUUAUUAGCCUUCCCAUGUCCUUUGGCAAUCUUCUAAGGUUUCUGCAACAUGACAAUAGCAGUGUCUGCAAAUUGUAUAGCAUGCAGAUAGAAGAAGGUAUCUCUAUUAUAAUAUUUUGAGAUAAGUCUAGAUACCUAAGAUGUUUAAGUUUAUUGAUUGAAUCUGGCAACACAAAUGACACAGAAAAACUAUGCAGAGAUAGUACUCUUAAGAAUUUUCUUUCUACAAAAAAUUCUACAGUUAUCUUAUUCUCACAUGCUGUACUCAGUUCUAUCCAAGUAUGCAAAUUCUGUGCUCUUGAUAGUCCUUCCCUAACCGAGUCACAGUCAGUAACAGGUGCUGUUGUGUGCGAUAAAUGGCGAGUCUUAUUUGAAAGAUUCCUUAAAUUAUUAUUGUCCUCUGCUGCCAUACAGAAUUCUCCUGAGACAAACAUAGCUAAGUCAUGAACCAAAUCAUGCAGGAUGAAUUUGGAGUCAUAUCUACUCAAUCUUUGAAACAAUGAUCUCGAAACUAGAUUGUCAAAAUAUUCUUCUCCAAUUUUUUCUGGUGUCUUCUCUAAUUGGUUAUCUUCCAAAAACCCUUCUGCCAUCCAUAAUAAGACCAUUCUUUCCCUCUCAAAUUCAUGAUUCCUUGGAAACAUAGAGCAGUAAGCAAAACAUUGUUUCAAAUAUGAAGGAAGAUAACGAUAACUCAACCAUAACCAUGGAACUAUAUUAUUGUUCUGGCUUUCACACCAUUCCCAAACAUGACUCCUUAAGAUCUCCUCCCAUUUGAUUGGAUUGUUUUCGAAUUUUAGAAGACCACCAACAGAUAUCACAGCUAAUGGGAGGCCCUUGCAUUUCUCAACUACAAUCCUUCUUCCAAUUUCUUCCAAAUGUUUAUUUGCUUCCCAAUCUCCAUUGAAGGCAUGAUCCAUAAAUAUUUUCCAGCAAUGACUAGGAGAUACUUGUGAUAGUUCAUAAAUUUUCCCCGUGCCUACAAUUUUGGCCACUUGCUGGCUGCGUGUGGUCACAAUAAUCCUGCUUUCACGGGCACCAGAUGUGAAGAUGAGCUUCAGGGCAUCCCAGUUGUCUUCAUUUUCAUCCCACACAUUGUCAAGAACAAUGAGAAAUUUCUUGGCUCUCAAGGCUUCUUUUAGUCUACGUCGAAGUUCCUUAACUGAAACAUCAGUAGUGAUAUGGGAAUCGGUAGCAGCCUGCAAAAUGAUCUUCAUUGUUCUUUUAAUAUCAAACUCAGCCGAUAAAGUAGCCCAUAGUUUAAGCUCGAAACCAUGUUUCUUUAGUUUUGUAUUACUGUAAACGAGCUGAGCAAGAGUAGUCUUGCCAAGUCCACCUGUGCCAACUAUUGGAAGAACACCAAUCUUAUGACUACCUAAUGUUUCCUUUUUUGUCAACCACUCCAUUAUCUUAUCUUUAUCAUCAUCUCUUCCAUGUACCUGAACUCGGUGUUGUUUUCUCAGUGAAACAACUGAUCUUUGUGAAGAGAUAGUGCUUUGAAUAUCUUCUUUCAAACCCAGGAGAAUUCUUUUCUGUAAAAGAAGGUUUAUAUCAACCAAGAUUUUAGCUAUCUCCGCUGCCCAAGGAAAUGAAAGACAUUAUUAGUUGCAACUUCUUUUUUUGUCAUAAUAAUAUUUUUGUGAUUAACACAUUAUAUUUUGAUGUAAAAAUAAGUUAAUUAUUUUCCCAUUAAUCAUAUGUUUCAAGACCAUAAUAUCCAGUGAAUAUAUAACUAUAUAUAUUUAUAUUAUAUACAAUGAACCACCUGUUGCAACAUUCUAAGUGUUAACACUAACAACAAGAAGAGAGAAGCUCCAUUUCUUAAUGGGGUCUUUAUCUCUAAAUUAACAAAUUGACUGGUGAGUUUCAUGCUGAACAAACAUUAUCCCUUUUUUUUUUUGAUAAAUUAAUUUAUUGUAUCAUAAUAAUUGAUGAGAAAUUGUAAAAAUAUUGUAGUGUUGAUCACCUUGAAUAGCUCUGUCGAAUUCAGUCAAAGAAGAGAAGAAGAAUUUCAUUUUCAUAAGCACAGUAGUUGUAUCAGUACUAUUAGAUUCAUGUCCAAGGUUGUUGGAUAGGAUUUGAUAGUCAACAUGGUCCACCAUGUCUUGUGCUCUGUAAACUACAUGAUUAAGAUCAUCCAACCAUUCCUUCACACCCGGCUCCUUGAGUUGCCUCUCUUCGGCAUCAUUUACCAGUAGACUAGCUGCCUUUAGCUUAAGGUUCAACUCCUUCAGCUGCUCACAAAUUGAUUUUUUUUCCUGGAAGAAGUUGGCAAACUCUGGAGAGUCUAAACUUUCAAAUAGCUUGUCAAACAACACAGUGAGAAAAGCUUCAGCCAUGAUCAGCUAUAUUCUUGAUCUGGUACUUCUGUGUUAAGAUAUGUUGAUUGAGCACUCUCUAUGUGUGAAAGAGUUUUGCCAUUUGUCAAAAGUUAUGACUAAGAUAUGAGUUGACUAUUUUGUUGUGUGUGCAAUGGCAUAAAGCCAGAUCCAUUAAUUGUGGUGAUUGCAGGUGCAGAUAAUAAUAGUGUUAUUAUUUUUUA